AUGAACAAUGUGGAGAUCGAGCGGAUAGACAGCCUGGAAGGCUGGGUGGCCGUCAAAAGCGACAUAUUCGAAGAAGCCGAGACGUUCAAGCUGGGCUUCAUCGUGCAGUGGAACGUCAUCGAGUGCAAGUUCGCCGUCACCUGCCACAACAGGACGUUACAACGGAAGAAACGCGGAGCCGAAGGAGUCCCCGGAGACCCUCAGACGAGCUGGGCCGGCCUCUUCUCCGUGUGCGACCUGAAACACGUCCACAAGCAGUUUCAAUGCGUAGCGGACGUCUUGGGGACCUGCUUCCCGGACCUGUCGGAGUUCGAGGACGGCAACAUGUGGGACCUGCUCUUCCUGGGUCGGCGCUCGGGUCCGGAGGACGAUGACCGGCGGGACCUCGACACGCCGUGUCGGAAACUCGAGAAAUACUUCAGCGCGGCCAUCGACAUCUGCGGCCGGAAAAUCGUGCUCGAUACGUUGUUCACGCAGGACGAGCGGGGCGUGGAGGAGUACUUCGAAAACCUACAGGAGUUCAAGAGGAAGACCAUGCAGGAGGAGAUGGCCCGCGCGAAGGGCCUCUUGCGACAGAUCCUGCAAAGUCAUGGCAGCGCAGACCGAAUGGUGGCGCUGCUCAGCAUCUACGAGGAAGAGGACGAGGCCUACCAGGACCUGGUCACCGUGGCCACCACCUUCUUCCAGUAUCUGCUCCAGCCUUUCAGGGACAUGAGAGAGCUGGCCUGCCUCUACAAGAUGGAGAUCCUGAAGUCUUUGGAGUUCGAGGACUUGGGUCCUAAGAGAAUUGCAGCUCUGGAGAAGGAGGCAGACGAGUGGAGAAUGAAAGCAGCCGAUGCAGUCGCCUCAAUUCAGGACAUCACUGUCACCUACUUUGCACAGACAUCAAAGGCUCUGGCUGGCAUGUUAAAGCAGAUGGAGGAGGAUAAGGGUCGUUUUGGAGCUGCUGCCUGGGCGUCUGCAGCCCCCAGACUGGAGAAAUUGCGCUUCCUGUUGGCCAAAGAGACACUGCAGCAUAUGAGGGCUGCAGAGAUGUGCCUCAACCGCAAGAAAGUGGGCAUCCGACGAAGGUUGAGCGGCCUUUCCGACAGACUCAGGAGCCAAGGAACUGAUUCCAGGUCUGCGUGUGACGACGACCAGCAGCAGGAAACGGUGGACCAGCUGGAGCUGAAAUUCUACGAAGCGCAACUGGAGCUGUACGACACCAAGUUUGAGGUCCUGAAGAAUGAGGAGCAGCUGUUGGUGGCUCAGAUAGACACGGUGCGGCGGCAGAUCAAAGAGUUGAAGGACGAGGUGGUGUACUACGACGUGUGUGAGGAUGCAGAGGAGCUGCAGAGCUUGGUCCACACAGGCAUUCAGCAAGCCGACCCUCCGGCUGUCAGUCAUCUCAAAAGAAGCCUGCAGGCUUUGGAGACCAAGAGAGGCCGAAUCUGUGCCCGGCGGGCUUAUCUCCGCAACAAAAAGGAUCAGUGCAUCGAGGCCAAUGAGCAGAAGCAGCUUCCCGCCAAGCAGAGCUCCAUACUCUUCAACCAGCAUCAUCACGUCCACCUGAAACGAGAGAAGAGGAAGGAGGAGGAGCAGAGGAGGAAACAGUGGGUGGACGAGGAGCGAGAGAAGACUCUGAGCAGAUUACGCUCCUUUAGAGAGAAGCGACCGGGCCAGUUCAUCCUGAAGACUCAUUCGCGGAUGUCUCCUGCCGAAGUGCCGUGUCCCUCCCAGCCGCUGUCCAUCAUCAGCCUCGGCCCCCCUGAAGGACCGCCCCCCUCGGUCCGUCCUGCACCCAGACGCACCAAAACGUCCAGCAAAAGGCGCCUUGAGGACAUCCCUGUCCAAAUCUUCUCUGCAGCGCCACCUCCAACGACAAGCUGCCCUACCGCACCUCCGCCUCCGCCUCCGCCACCUCCGCCUCCACCACCACUGCCUCCCGCCAUGCCACCCCCACUGGUCCGAGGGUCGCCUUCCCCCAAAGACUCACCGAGGCCUCUUUGCGAAAAAGAGGACCCUGCUUUUCCAGCCAAGAACACGCUGUCACAGAAUAUAGGAACGAUGGACGAGGUGUUGGCCUCAUUGCAACGUGGACGGAUUCAACUUCGGAAGGCGCCCGAUCCCAGGGCCACACCCCCAGCUGGGGACACGAGGACCAGUCUGAUGACGGCCAUCCGACAGGGAGUCGCCCUGAAGAAGAUGGUUCCCGCUCGGCCAGAACUCCACAGCAGCGGGGACAACGAGCUGGAGCGCAGCAUCAAAGCCGCCAUGAUGAGGAUGAAGAAGGUGGCGGCAGAUUCUGACGACGACGACGACAGAGGGGACGACGAGACGCAGAGUACAGACUGGGACAGCUGAGGACCCCCCCCCCUCCCCUACACACACACAGCAAUGAAGUUGUUCUCUUUAAAUCGUUUUUCUUCACGGUUGUGAGCUACAGCUCAGGUUGCUGCCAGACAAAAAGACGGAUGGGAUUACGCCUCUUCUCACAUAAACAUUGCAGCUUUCGAAAUAGCCCGGAGAAGUUGUAAUACAUCCAAAUCCGUGGCUGUUUUUUUGAAAAUCCCAACCUGCGCGGAUGAGGCGCUGCAACGCUUCAUUAUGAAGAAGCAGAAUGGCUGUGGAAGAGAUGACACUUCUUUAAAGGCCUUGAGAGUCACACAGCAGGGGAAGCCUGAGAGACGCUCACACUACACAACUCCAUCAUCACCAAUAUUCCUUCUGCACAGACUUCAGUUACUUUGAAUGUAAUUCAAUCUGAUAUUCUUAAAUUUGACCCGACUUUUUCCCCAAGUAGGGCUGCAGUACAAUGAGUUUUGUAGUUUUUUUUGCAUUUUAUUACUAAACAAAGAGAGGGGUUGUGUCCUGAAGUGCAGCAGUGUGAAUCAUGCAGGCAACAAGUUUAAAGUCCACGUCACUGUUUGUGUUACAGGUUUGAUGCACUGUCCUCCUGGUCCUGUUUUUCCUCUUUGUGUUGGAAUGACAACAAUGUGUGAGGCUCUUUUGUUGUGUAAUAUAUACGUCAUCCGUUGUUUCUUUUUUUCCUGUGUGAGGCCAUGACAAAUGUGUCAAGUUAACCAAACUAGACACUUGUUUUGUUUUUUCCCGAUAGCCAAGACUUAUAUGACACAAAGCACUUACCUGAGGAGACAAAGCUAUAAUGUAUUAGGAUAUCAAACUUGAUCCAGUUCGCUGCUGUUGGCUGCCGCUGAAACACAACUGUGUUUUAAUAAUAAAUGAAGACAUGUUUGCUCAUGAA